UGCGGCACCGCGAGGGGGAGCCGGGGCGCGGCGCGAGGUUCCGGCCGGGGUGGGCUGCGCGGGGUGCCCGUGGUGGGCAGCCCAGCCUUUCCCGUAGGGUUUGCGGCGUCCCUAGGCUCCCUGCCUCCCGGGCAGGGUCCCGGGCCCGCGGCCUCGAUCUCCUCCUUUUCGGGAGUAAACAUUAUUACCAUCCCAAGUUCACGGCUUGGAAAAGGAGGCUCAAAGAGUUGACCAGCCACCAGCCACAAAGCCUGUAAGUGAAGGCGUCUAGCUUCCUUCUACGAAGAGAAAGCCCAGGUGAGUUUCAAAGGCUUAGUCAGGGUGAGGUAAGAUCCAACCGUAAUUAUCCCUACGAACCAUCCUGAACGGGUGGCCAGGGAGUGGAGACCAGGGACUGCUUCCUUCUCUUUCUCUCUGAGACCAGUUUCUCCAGCUAUAAAAUGAUAAUUAUAGGUGCCCUGCAGCCAGCUUUGUGAGUAGGAAACGAGAAGCUCUAUAUGAAAGCGGGUCAAGUUUAUGGAGCAAAAAUGCCCGCAUAAAACCCAAGGUGAUCCUGUCCUUAUACAUAUUAAGCCCAUUUGUCAUGUUACUGGUGGGCAAAGUCACAGCUUCAUCACCCCUGCUUCGGGAAGCCAGUCCUCGGAGUCCCUCUGCGGGCAGGCAGGUGCCUGGUUCCCCCUCCUGGGAUGGGGGUGUAUCUCUUAGGCUCCCUCCUCCUCUCUCCCUCCCGGUGCUGCUGGGCUCCCCUCACUCAGCCCAUCCCACUGAUGCUGUACCCCCAUGCCUAGGGCUUGGCUCGACCUUCUCACCACCGCUACCCCCAGCUUCCGCUCCCUGGGCUCUUCACGACCAGCUGGAGCCUUCCAGAACCUCUCCAGAGAACAGCUCUGCUCCAGGGCUUUCCCCAGUAUCGCUGCCAUCCUCACGGCUAGCUCGAGCACGCGGAGGAGGCUGCUUUGAGUGCUUGCGGCACCGACUGAACAGCGCUGCCCUCUGCUGGGCGGCGCGUCUCCACCAGGACCCCAUCCCUGUGUCCACUGCCCUCCUUGGGGACAUGUCCGACACGACGUCCACCGGCCUCGCCCAGCGCUUAGUUGUGUCGAUGGUCCUGUCAGCCUCAUCUCCGGGGAGUGGGGACGUGAGUGUCAGUCGCUCCGGGACGCACGCAUGCGGACAGAGCAGCCACGCGCUGGUGGAGGCACUGCCAGUGCGUCGAGGGCCAGGGCUGGCACAGGUGGCCCACAGGUCGCACGAGACGGGGCAGAGACCUGGCGGCUGCGUCUCGGGGACGUCCACCACACUUGUCCUUUAGCCUGAAGCUAGAGCAGCCUGGCUACCAGGAAGACCAGCAAACAGGUGUUUGUCAGCUAUAACCUUCCAAACACCGACAGCAGCUUCACGUUGCUGGUAGAAAACAGGAUCAAGGAGGAAAUGGAGGCCUUUCCCGAGAAGUUCUAGCCCAGGCGGCAGCAAGGACGCAGAUGCGCGCGCCCGGACGGACGUCUGAAUAAACGCGUGGGGUGUCGCCAGCUGUCA